GUCAUUUCCGGUUGUCGCCACUGGCAGAGGUGAAGGGAAACAAAUACUUUGAGCAGAUUUAACAUUUAAUUCGGGUUUAAUUUCGGAUCUAACGGCGAAAUGUGGAUUUAUUCCACUUAUCCCAUACUAGAAUAUUAACGCGGAGGGACGUACAUCUGAAAUAACAACAAAACAUGACAUAAAAGUGAAGGAACUGGGCGAGUAAACUCGAUUCUUAUUAAGUUGAAUUGAAAUUCAGACUUAAACUCAUUUAUAGGGAAUUAACAGUCAAAUCCACAUUUAAACUUUAAUUAAACCGAGUCAAAUUGAACAUCACAGCAGAUAUUACAAUAUUAAACAUCAACUUUUGAACGCAGUCUCUUAACAGGCAUUAAAAGACCAUAAUAAUAAUCCAGGAGUUAUCAUAAAAUAAGGUAUUAUUACUAAAUAGAUUAUUAAAAGUCCUGUUGUCAUUAUAAAAUCAUAGUUUGCAUUGCAAUGGCAGCUCACAGGGUUUAAAGUGAGAUUAUCAGAGUCCCAUUCACAUAAUACAAAAAUCAGAUUACAUUAAUAUAAUGAAUAAUUGUCUUGUAUUAUAGGGAUUUAGUGAAAUGGCAGUGAGAUAGACUUAAAGUCUCCAUAAGUUUCAUGUGAUGUACUAAGAUUAAUUGGGCAAAAAUCAAAUUAGAAGAGUCCUGUUCACAUUAGACAUUCAGAUUAUAUCAAUAAUCCAGUGGUUUAUAUUAGAGAUUCAUGAUAAAGACUGUUGAAAGUGCAGUUUCCUAUAUGAGGUGCUGAGCUCAAGUGGGUGUUUUUUAAUGGGAGGCGGGUUGAUCUGCUUUGAGAUCAGUGGGCGAAUCUUGCACAGAUGGCGGAGGUACCGGCUCUGGGCCGGUUGGAGUCCCUGGCCCGGUAUGUUCACAAAGCAGCCAGUGAGGGGCGAGUCCUGACACUGGCUGCCCUCCUGCUGAACCACUCCACGGUCCAGACCCGAUACCUGCUGGAGUUUGUGACCCAAGUGGCCGGACAGAGAUCCACACCGCUCAUUAUUGCUGCUCGGAAUGGACACGACAAGGUCGUCCGGCUGCUUUUGGAUCAUUACAAGGUGGACACUGAACAAACGGGGACUGUCAGGUUUGACGGGUAUAUUAUUGAUGGAGCCACGGCUCUUUGGUGUGCAGCAGGCGCUGGGCAUUUCGAGGUGGUUCGCUUGCUGGUCUCGCACAAUGCCAACGUCAACCACACAACGCUCACUAACUCCACCCCUCUCAGGGCUGCGUGCUUCGAUGGCCGCCUGGACAUUGUACAGUACCUUGUAGAGCACGCCGCAGACAUCAGCAUUGCCAAUAAGUACGACAACACUUGUUUGAUGAUAGCGGCCUACAAGGGCCACACGGACGUUGUUUACUUCCUGCUUCAAUGUGGUGCGGAUCCAAACACCAAAGCUCACUGUGGGGCUACCGCGCUGCACUUUGCUGCUGAGGCCGGGCAUCUGGACAUUGUGAAGGAGCUUGUACGAUGCCAAGCAGCUAUGGCGGUUAACGGUCACGGAAUGACGCCCUUAAAGGUGGCAGCAGAGAGCUGUAAAGCAGACAUUGUAGAGUUGCUGCUUUCGCACACAGAUUGUGACGUGGAUAGCCGCAUCGAGGCACUAGAACUGCUUGGUGCAUCCUUUGCCAACGACCGUGAGAAUUAUGACAUUCUUAAGACCUACAACUACUUGUUCCUAGCCAUGCUGGAACGUUAUCGCGAUCCAGAGAGGGUCAUCGCCAAGGAGUUGCCGGCACCUGUUGAGGCAUAUGGAGGACGGGUGGAAUGCCGAACUUUGCGAGAGUUGGAGGCUAUUAGGCACGAUCGCGAUGCGUUACACAUGGAAGGCCUCAUGAUUCGCGAAAGAAUUCUGGGCGCUGAUAACAUUGACGUGUCGCAUCCCAUAAUAUACCGCGGCGCGGUCUACGCCGACAACAUGGAGUUCGAGCAGUGCAUCAAGCUGUGGUUGCACGCCUUGCAUUUGCGUCAACAAGGAAACCGCAACACGCAUAAAGACCUCUUGAGAUUUGCGCAAGUGUUCUCGCAAAUGGUGCACUUAAAGGAGCCGGUCCAGGCGUCGGAUGUGGAACAGGUUUUGUGCGCCAGCGUCCAGGAGAUCCGUCGCAGCAAGGCACGUGUGCAGACCGCCACCGAUGUGGAAUUGCCUGUGGCCACUGACAACUAUGAAUCCAACAUGUUCACCUUCCUCUACCUGGUUUGCAUCUCCACGAAAACGCAAUGCAAUGAACAGGAAAGAGCAUGUAUAAACAAACAGAUCUACGACCUAAUACAACUCGAUCCACGAUCCAGAGAGGGGUCCUCGCUUUUGCACCUAGCGGCGAGCUCUAGUACACCUGUAGACGACUUUCAUACCAACGACGUGUGCAGUUUCCCCAACGCGCAAGUGACGAAGCUGCUAAUAGACUGUGGCGCACAGGUCAACGCAGUUGACCAUGAUGGAAACAGCCCGUUACACCUCAUAGUGCAAUACAACCGUCCAAUCAGUGACUUCCUCACCCUCCACGCCAUCAUUAUUAGCCUUGUAGAAGCCGGCGCUCAUACGGACAUGACCAACAAGCAAAAGAAGACUCCUCUCGAUAAAAGUACAACUGGCGUUUCGGAAAUCCUUCUGAAGACUCAAAUGAAGAUGAGUCUGAAGUGUCUGGCGGCUCGCGCCGUUCAACAACACCAGAUCUUGUAUCGCAACCAGAUCCCUAAAAGUCUAGAAGAGUUUGUUGAAUUUCACUGACAGUUCAUUUUAUUUUUCAUCAAACUGGGUUUUUAUGUUUUGUGAAAUGGUGCUGAUGACUCUUGAACCGAGGUGAGAUGUUUCUUCCUUAUUUAUCAACUCGGCACAAAUUUCGUAAUUGUAGAACAUGCACAUCCUAUUUUAUUUGAUGAUCCAUUUGAGACCUCUGCGUUUUUUUCCAAAGGAACUGCUGAUCCCUGGGAUAUUGACACUUUAGAAUGGAGCUUCAAGUUUGUUUCUUUUUUUACAAAUCAAAGAAGACAUUGAUACUUAUAUAUACAGGCAACAAUAAAGACUCUUUUGAAAUAUUAGAUUCGUCGUUUGGGUUUUGGAAAGCGACAGGAUAGAUUUUAACGUAUGUUGAACUUGGGUUACGACAAACGAACGGCUCUUUUUAACAGCUGCUCUUUUGCCAACUCUUUCGUAUUUUGUUUUCUUAACAUAUUUUAUAAAAGGUUUAUUUAAAACAAAGUCUAAAAUUUAUAUUUUGUAAGGAAUCAAUAGCCGAGUGUUGAUGUCCUGAAGCUAAACUCUUCUGUGCCAGGCGAUUUUAUUUUAAUACUAAAAUGUGCCUGUAACUAGACAUUGGACAUGUAGUAUUGUUGUUGUUAUUAUUAUUGGUUCCAUUUUUUUUUCCUUUAAACAUGAAGACACCGUAAAGCCAAUUAGCGAGUAAUUUUGACUUGCAUAUUAACAAACUCAGUUUGAGUCAUGGGGCCUUAAAUUGAAUGGUGCUUGUGUGUGUGCACGUGCGUGUGCGUAAGCUAGCAUGUCUUGCUGCUUUUAACUGUGUGUGCUUGAAUGCAUGUUUGCAUGGAUGUGUUGGAAUUUGAAUGUCAAGGUUUUUUAAAACCUCUGCAUUUGCACCAUGUUUUAGUCUUUAAUUACUGGAGAUUGCUCAAUGUGUCAUAGUUUUUUAUUUCCAAAUCAAACAAGAUUAAAAACAAAUAUCAAACACGUAUGCCAGAUUCUUUGUGAUU